AUGCUUGUGGGAAAGUCGGUCCCGGAACUCAUCCUGGUGAGGACCAUGGUGGUCUUCUUCCAGUACCUAGGCUUCUUGUGUUUCAUUUACUUCUGGUUUAUUCUCGCCAUAGCAGGUGUGCCUGGGAUUGCUCACCCCGUGUCUAUCAUAAUCGAAGUUAUUGGUCUUAUCGAGAUUAUCUUCUAUUUCGCCUUUUAUCUUCCAUUCCGAUCUCGCUUACAGAAGCCGGGCUUCGAAGUCGAACCAUUGUCGCAGGCCGAGCGCCGACAAUUCUUUCAAAAGGGCCUUGACCACGCUCCAGAUGUCGAGCAGUACAUACGGAAAUGGCAUUGCAACGCCCAGCUUGGAGACAUUCGCAGAGAGAAUGUGAAGGACUGGUUGAUGUGGGCGCUGUUCGACAAGCAGGGCAAUCCAGGAGAGCACGACGCCGAGCUCGAGGAAUACAUCGCAGAUGCAGAAGAGCGCGCGGGAGUAACCAUCAAGAAGGGAUAUGGUGACUCUACCCCAAUGCGCCUCAGUUUCGAUCCGAUCGACAUCAGGCAUCGCAGCUUGCUGUUCUAUCUUAUAGUAGGAGGCCUCGACCUCUUUGUGACCGUUGUCCUAGCGAUCAGAGGGUUCAAGUUUUACCGACAACCGCGCAAGACUUUCUUCUCCGUCUUCCCUUUGCGACCUAUGACCCUCCUGGCACCGAAUGAAUCGAAUAGCUCGCAGCUGAGUUACUUUUGCCGUCCGCAUUCAUCCAAGGAACAUCGCCCGAUCUUGUUCAUCCACGGAGUCGGUGUCGGCCUGCUCCCAUAUCUAUACUGGCUGUGGACUAUUCCUAAGGACGUCGGUGUGCUCUGUAUCGAGAUACUACCCGUCUCCUCACGCAUUUGCCCGCCGUUGCCCCCAACCGACGAGCUUGUCGCCGGCAUGGAUGCAAUUAUUCAGCAACAAAAUUACAACGACUUUGUGUUUGUGGGAAACUCCUUCGGUACCCUAUUUGCGGCGCCCCUCCUCAAGAAACCAGACCUGGCGAGACGAAUUAACUCCAUCGUCCUUAUCGAUCCCGUUUCGCUGCUGCUCCAUCUUCCUGCAGUGGCCUACAAUUUCACUCGACGAACACCGAAAUGGGGCAAUGAAUGGGAGAUCUGGUUCGUAGCCACGGACGCGAUGACAGCGCACACCUUAGCAAGGCGCUUCCGCUGGCAGGACUUUAUUCUCUGGACCCCUGAGCUUCAAGGGAAACGCACGACAGUGGUCUUGGGCGGCGAGGACUGCGUGACAGACCCAGACGCGGUGGCCAGCUACGUCUACUUCGGCGACCUCAACUAUAGCCGCGCCGAUAAACACGAGUGGUCCACUACGCCUGACAGGUGGUCAGGACAAGGGGAGCUGGAGCUGAUGUACCUGGCUGGCAUGGACCACGGACAGGCAUUUCUCAGUAUCAAGCAUAUGCCGCGGAUAGGGAACGUGGUAUUAGAGUACACGAAACUAGACCAAGAGAUGGAAUCCCGACAGGCAGAGGCUGUGAAAGAAGAAGAGCAAAACCAAAUCUGA